AGAGAGAGAGAUACUACAGCUGGCUCACGAAUGGGCUGGAGCUGCGGGGAAUCGAAACUGAAGCGGAGACUGUGAAGUCAGACGUAAUGUCUUCCUCCUCGGCUCGGUGUUAAUCAUAAUUUGGAUGGACUUUUCUAAACUUUUACCAGCCCCAGACAACAGAUGACACGCUUUUAAACUUUACUUCAAUGAACUUCCUCACUUUAUCAGUGAACAAGUGAUGGACCCUGCCAGACAGAAACGCAAAGACGAGAUAACUAAAUCUCUGACAUUUAUACAGUCCCCCUUGGCUUAUCCAGAUCCUCAAGGCUACCAGGACUUGCUGACCCAGUUAGUGUGCAACCUGCUCGAGGAGGGCAAUGCCUUGUUCAGAGACAGUGAGUGGGAGCAGGCAGUCAGAGAGUUCAGUGAAGGCUUGAAUGUCUCAAGCUACGCUGCCGCAGAGGAUCUGCACAUACCCGAGGCUUUGCUGGAGAGCCUGUAUGUCAACCGGGCCGCUGCCUACCACAGUAUGGGGCAAUAUGAUGAAGGCGUGAAGGACUGCGACAGAGCGCUGGAAGUGUGUAAGGAAAGCCGCAGGGCCCUGUACAGGAAGGCACUCUGUUUGAAGGAGCUGGGGAAGUACAGGGAGGCCUACGACUGCACCACGGACUGUCUGCUCAUCUCUCGUCUGGACAAACAGGUGAAUGAGCUCGCACAGGAGCUGGCGAUUCAUCUUCGGCUAAAAAAUCGAAAACCCUAUGUCAGCACAAAGGAUCACACAGUCAUCAUGAGAGACGUCGCAAAUGCAAACAUGACGGCUGAAGCCAACGAAGUGCCAGGUACUCACUUAGGAAAUGGUAUGAGUCAUCUGAAUAGCCUUGAACCAGUCAGCUUCCCCGGCGUGUUUCAGUCCUCCUGUUUCUCCACAACUACUAUGUGCUCCACAGUUCCUGACACAGUGGACACUUUGGAGGACUCUGAGGUGAUGGGAGAUGACUUGGACAGCCUGCUUGACUGCUUUCCUAAUGAGCAGGAGCCAGCUGAGCCACACAUCGGGCCAGUAUUCUCAGUCCCCAGCAGGAAGUCCACACACACAGUUCCUCCAGUCCUCCCCCCUCCAACACCUCAGCUGCCCCCGGCCUUCUUCAACUCAGCCGUCAGUCAACUCAAUGCCUUGGACUUCUUUUCAGGAGGUGGGUGCAGCACCACAACUAAUACACUGGAUACUCUGGAUGACCUCUCGACCUCUGGACUUGGAGGUGGCGCUCCAAACCUGGGACUGACCUCCGUGGCACGGGAUGCUCUAGAUGGCCUUGAUUCCCUGGAUGACUUCUCGGAAACGAGUCCGACUGCUGCUGCUGCUGAGAAUGGGUCCAUAAAAGAACUGGCUGCAGGGGAAAAGUCCCUUGAUGAUUUGCUAGAUGAGCUCGAUCCCCUCGAAUGUGUGGCUGAUCCAGGUGGUCUCAGUAGCCAUGUCUCUAAACCUGGGGUGAACCCUGUGAACCCGCUAAACUCCCUUGAUGCCCUGGACUCGUUCCCCUCAAUGGAAGGUGUUGUGUCAGCUUUGCCAGCGGUCUACAUUGGGGGGACAGGCCUGGACUCGCUCUCCGAUUUCAGCACAACUGGUUCCACAGGCUCUCACAGUAAUGCAGCUCCUGUAAUGCAACCUGCAAAGAACAACUACAAAGAGCAGAACAACCAAGCGCAGGGUGCAGUGUUAAAUCCCCUGUCCGCCACCCAUGAGUUCCUGCAGGCCUGCUCUGCCUGUUACCCUCGGACAGGUCAAGGAAUAUAUACUUUUGUUCACAAGCCAGACCUGGUCCACCCCUGUGAGCGAGACAUUCUGUUAUGUAAGCGAAAGGUAGGACAGCCUUCGAAGUGGACCAGAGUGCGACCGAUUCCUAAAUCGACUUCCUUCCGUGGGCCAUUUGUACUUUGCAAGGAGCUGCUGAGCUCCGGGGAUCGAGGCGUGUGUAAGUAUGGAGAGAGGUGCACGUUUGCCUACAACCAGCUGGAGAUUGACGUUUGGACAGAAGAGAGGAAGGGGACGCUGGACAGAAGCCUGCUUUUUGGAACAGCAGCUGUCAAUCUGGACCCCGUGAACAGCAUCAUACGCCUUCUACAGGAGCACAAGGGCGAGUUCAUAUUCCUCUGUCAGGAAUGUUAUGACAAUAAACCUAGGAUCAUCAGUAAGCGCAGCAGAGACAAUCAUACUGUCUGCUCUAACUCGGACGCUCACCACGCCUUCGAUGCCAAUAAGUGUUUGGCAUUUGUGGUGAGGAGCUACACUGUGAACUACAGUAAGGUCCGUCCUCUGAGCGUCAUGUGCCACUUGGAUUUGUGCCGCCAAGCUAUCCGGUACGGCUGCCAGAGAAAGGACAGCUGCAAUUGUGCUCACUCCGUCAUAGAGCUCAAAACCUGGAGGGUGCAGAAAGAUACAGGUAUCAGGCCUGAUGAGAUUGUGAAAAUAUCUGCAAAGUAUUAUGAUAAGCAGCAACAAAACUCAAGCAAGCAGAAAGGCAAUAGACAAAUGUCUUCUGGAGGUGGUGGAAGCAAACCAAGAGGAGGAGGAGGGAACACUCUGGAUAUGAAGAUGAAGUUUGCCUGUUCUCAUUGCUGGCAGGACGGCCUGAUCAGUGAGCCAGACAAAGCCCUCAAGUACUGCAAUGCCAAGGCCAGGCACCCGUGGACUAAAGAUAGACGGCUUCUGCUGGUCAAGUCAGCUGAGAGAAGUAAAUGGGUUCAGGUCCGACCGUUACCGCACGCCAGGAACUUCCCUAUGCAGUACGAUAUCUGUACCCAGAUUUUGGAGAAAAGGAAAUGUAACUACACUGGGAAAUGCACUUUUGCUCACAGCCAAGAGGAGAAGAAGAUUUGGAUGUAUAUGAAGAACAAUGACUUGUUGGACAUGCAGCAGAUGUAUGACUUGUGGCUGACAUUAAACGCCCACAACCAGCAAGCAGAUGGAGAUAAUCUCACCCAGUCCAUCUCAGAGGAGAAAUCCAUCGCCAUGCCAACUGACUAUGCUGAACCUAUGAUUGGCCUUCACUGCCAUCUGUGUGGCAGACACAGUAAUAGCGAACGGCAGUGGCAGCAGCACAUCUCCUCUGAGAAGCACAAGGAUCGAGUGUUCAGCUGUGAGGGAGAAGGUGAAGCUCUGAUGUGGAGGUACCGUUUCCCUGGAACGUGCUUCAAACUCUGCCCCAAGUUGGAUGGUGACUGUGCUGACGGUGUGAGCUGCGACUACGCCCACAGUCCAGAGGAGUUGCAGGAGUGGAUGGAGAGACGGGAUUUCCUGCGACAGAAGCUGGCCAAAGCCAGAGAAGACAUGCUCAUCAUGCCUGAUGAAUUUGAUUUUGGGAAGUACAACUUUCUACUUCAGGACUCAUAAUAUUGAUUUAAUUUUUUUUUUUUUUUUUUUUUUUUUUACUUGGUGAGCCUUUGUAACUGCCAAAUUAGCAUUUAAAAAACAAAAUCAGUACUAUGCAGAAAUGUACCAGUACAUAAUGUCUUUUUGCAUUCCCAGACAUGGUCUGUUCAACUAAAACGGCAGUAAUGUUGUGCUGUAAAAGUAAUUCCCAUUCUGAAAAUAAAAACAUAUUAACAUAUUAGUAGAGUAUUAAGAAAGCUUCCGUUCCAGUUUACUAAAAGAAAGGAUUUUAAAGCCUUAACUGUAAACAGUAAAAUACUCGCCACAAAUGAUUGAUGAAGUUUCAACUUAAAACACAAAUGAAAGUUGCCUUGUCGAGUUCUGAUUUGUACUCAAGCAAAGACUUGUGUUUUUGGUGGUAUGAUUUGAGUAUUUUUUUUCCAUGAGGAGCAUAUGUGUCUUAUUCUGGUUCGUAUUCUUUUCAUUGUCAGAGAAGGGUGUUGUUAUAAGGGCCAAAUUACUACAAUUAUGAGACCAAUAGUUUUGUUCGUUGUUUUAACUGAAAAGUGUGGAAUGAAUGCACAGGACCGAAAUGGUUUGCAGAGGAAAAAUUAAAACUCAGUAUACU